GAAAAAGGCGAAGGUCGUUGAAUCAAUACAAAUCAAUAGUAGACAGGAGUGGAGCAGGAGGCAGCCUUUCUUCCUGGGAGACAGAGAGGAAGAGAGGGAGGAGGACGUGGCUCAGCGCUUUGCGGAGGGAACAGAUGGGGAGGGCGGGGCCCAGCAGCAGGGGGUCCCCGUCCGGCGGGAGACGCGGAUCGAGGCCGCUUCAAGAGGGCCGACUGCGGGCGUGGGAGGCGGGGCGGCGUCCAGGGAGGAGGAGGAGGAGGAGGAGGAGUGGGAGGACACUUUGCCCGCAGAGCCCUGAAGAAACCCAAGCCUGGCGGGGCUUGAAUGACAGCGAUGCUCAGGUCUCCUCGCCGGUGCUGCAAUGAAUGAGGAGGGAGGAGGAGGAGGAAGACUAAGAGGAGGAGGCUUCUGCUGCUGCGGCGGCUGCUGUUCCGCUGAAGCACAAAUCCACCGCAUCUCCUCCUCCUCCUCCUGGCGGAGCUUACAUCACAAUCCCGGCUUGAGCUGCUGCUGCUGCUGCUGCGGAGGUGACUGCGGCCGCCGUCCUUUCUCGCGGGGGACGAGGAUGGGCGAGGAGCUCCUCCGCACGGGCGACCCCUCUCCGGAGCCCCGGGCCCGCUCGCCCUCCGCCCUGGUGCGCCGCAAAGGAGGAGGAGGAAGGGGCGGCGGAGGCGGAGGAGGCGGGCGUGGGGCGCCGCUGCUCCGCUGGGACGAGGUUCCCGACGACUUCGUGGAGUGCUUCAUCCUGUCGGGCUACCGGCGGCUCCACCUGACGGCGCAGGAGUGCCUGGCCUCGGUGGUGCAGCCCACCAACGAGACGCUCAACUUCUGGACCCACUUCAUCCCGCUGCUGCUGUUCGCGGGGAAGUUCGGGCGGCUGCUGCUGCUCCGCGGGGCGGGCGGGGACCUGCCCUGGGGCCACCCGGCCCUGCGCCCGCUCUGGUGCUACGCCUCCGGGGUGCUGCUCACCUUCGCCAUGAGCUGCACGGCCCAUGUCUUCAGCUGCCUCUCGCUGCGCCUGCGCGCCGCCUUCUUCUACCUGGACUACGCCUCCAUCAGCUACUACGGCUUUGCCAGCACCGUGGCUUACUACUACUACCUGCUGCCGGGGCUGAGCCUGCUGGAGCCGCGGACGCUGGGCCGGACCCUGCAGCAGCACCUGGGCUGGCAGGUGGACUGCCGGGGUGCCAUCGCGGCCUACCGGGCCCUGGUGCUGCCCGUGGCCUUGGCCCUGGCCGUGGCCUGCACCGUGGCCUGCUGCAAGAGCCGGGCCGAGUGCUGCGCCUACCCCUUUGCCGUGCGCACCUUCGUCUUCGUCAUGCCGCUCAGCAUGGCCUGCCCCAUCAUGCUGGAGAGCCUCUUCUUCGACCUGCGGGACCGGGACCCCACCCUCUUUGUCCACUUCUACCGCCGCUACUUCUGGCUGGUGGUGGCCGCCUUCUUCAACGUCAGCAAGAUCCCCGAGCGCAUCCAGCCGGGCCGCUUCGACAUCGUGGGCCACAGCCACCAGCUCUUCCACAUCUUCACCUUCCUCAGCAUCUACGACCAGAUGUUCUACGUGGAGGAAGGGCUCCAGAACUUCCUCCGCCGGCCCCCGGAGGAGGCCUUGCCCACCUUGGCCGGCACCCUGGGCUACAUGCUGGCCUUGAUGCUGUGCCUGGCCCUGGUCGUCUGGCGCUUCCUCAACGCCCCGGGCGUCUGCAAGGAGGAUUGACUCAGCCUUCUCCCCUUCGGAGGGGAUGCGGUCCAGGUUCUAAAAUAAAACAUGGGUAGUUUGUUUUAAACCGUUGGCCUCCAGUGCAGAACUUCCCACGGUUGCUUCUUCCAAGGAAGGAAGGAAGGUGAGCUUGGAGUUGCCCCAUCAAGCGCCGAACUCCUUGUAGGAAACUUGUAACAAAGGUCGGGGUUUCAGAAAAGGCGGUCAAGCCGUUGUACUGUACUCAAUUCAUUCUAUUUAUUGCUGCUUAGGAUACAAAAAAUAAGCCAUUUAGAACUAUUGCUUGAAAUCUCCUACAAAUUGAUCCUGGGUGCAUUAUUUGAUAGUAAGCCUCGUGGACUUAUGUCCAGCUUACGUCCAGCUAAUGUACUUAGGAUCAGGGUUUCAGGGGAACAAUAUGCAUGGACCACGUGAAUGCUAGCUACUGAUGUCAGACUGUCAGCUCUAGGAAAUGUUGUUUCAAUUAGCAAUAUACAGUAGACUUGCACUGAUGAACAAUUGCAAUUUGAAAUCAAAUCCCGUAUGUAUUUCCUUGGCCUGUUAUGCGCUCAAGAAUGUGUCUUCUGCUAAAGCACUUGGAAGUCCUAUGCACUGGAACUAGGCUUUUGACACAAGAUCACUUUUGUGCAUUUGUUGGUUGCAUUAGUGAUGUUGGCCUGAAGGCAAAUGUAAAUGUGAAUUAUGGGGGGGGGGGUUUCUUCGUGUCAGGAGCAACUUGAGAAACUGCAAGUCGCUUCUGGUGUGAGAGAAUUGGUCGUCUGCAAGGACAUUGCCCAGGGGACACCUGGAUGUUUGAUGUUUUACCAUCCUGUGGAAGCCUUAUCUCAUGUCCCCACAUGGGAAGCUGGAGCUGACAGACAGGAGCUCACCCUGCUCCCCAGAUUUGAAUCACCGACCUUUUGGUUAGCAGUCCUGCCAGCACAAGAGUUUAACCCAUUGCACCACCGUGGCAAAUUAUAGUGAAGCCAGGUUAUAAUUUGAUCAAAAGCUGCUGGUCAAGCAACAAAACAAAGCUUGUAUAAGUGAUGUAGCUGCAGACAGAGAGAGAGAGAGAGGGAAACCCUGCAUCUUACAGGACAUUUUGUACUGUGAAUCGGACACCCGGUUGUAAUUACGUCAUUAGUGAAAGGUCAGUAUUUGAAUAGGUGACAGCACAUAGGUUAAAAGGAUAACUGCAGCGGGGCUGCUGUUUAGAACGAAUGCAAAAGCCUGUUUGCCAGCAUAGCUCUGCCUUGGAUGGAGGCUCUGCAAUUACAUCAAAAGCCAUCCCUGCUAGGAGAGAAACACUAUGCUGACUCCUGAAGGAAGCUUUCUUUACAUAGCAUCCCAAAAUGUGCACUGUUACCCCAGCGUAAUGGACUGUUAAUCUGGCAUUAGGCACCAACAAGAUUCAGACCAGAAUUGUGGACACAGGGUUUUUAAAAAGUCCUGCCAAGCACAGGACCUCAUCAUCAGCAAUAUCAAUUGAUUUGCACUGUCCUUUAUUCUGGAAUAACAGCCACUGAGUUUUCACGCCCUUCUGAUUUGUUUACACUAGGAGAGGGAAUAAGUCGGAGUUUUAUUGAGGGAGGAUUUUCCAACAAACCUUGGCAAAUUCUUACCCAAACAGGUUAGAGUGGCAGAGGUCUUGGCCUUGGCAGUUUUAUAGAGAAGUUUGGUAACCUAUGGACAACUCAGGGUCCUUGACAAACCCAUGAAAAGCACUGGAAUCCUUGCUCAUGUUCACAAUGACAAUAUCUCAGGACUACAAUGUUGGUUCAGCUCUUCUGAAUUCCGAUGGUAUUUAGAAGUCAAUAGUAAACAAAACAAGACUCAUAGUAGUAUAGAAACGAAAUUCAAAACUAUAUGGUGUUGAGAAAGUUGUGGAUGCAGAUAUCACCAUUUGGUUUAACUGUUUUUACUUCAAGGAGAAAAGGUGCUUUUAAAAGCCUAACAGAUUGUAAUCAUUGUGACAUAAGCUCUUAUGCUCAAGGUGUGUGAAGUAUUACCCUCAUUUGGUGGAUGGAUCAUACAAUAUUUAUCAUCAUCUUUGUGCAGAGCUGGAGUGCAGAUUUCUGCAAGGCUCAGAGGUAUAAAGGAUGAGCAUAGAGACCAAUCUCUGGGGACAACCCAAAAGAUGUUGCAAAAGGUGAAGAACAAGUUGAUCCAUUCGCCUCUAACAAAAGUCAACCCAAUACUUGUGAUGGGGAAGCAUUUUACACCUCAUCUUAGGUCAAAGGGCUAGUAGGGCGGGCUGUGUGGGACACAGAGCUCUGUCCUUCAAGAGGACUGAAUGAUCAAAGGUAGCAGCUGCUGCUGCUCACUCCAUGCCAUUUAUCAUCCGCUGCCAGUGGCAACUGCCUCACUCUGCCGAAUGGAAUGGCCAGCCCUGACAUUCUUAGUACCGGCGUUUGAUGAUAAUGCACUCUUCUAGCUUUGCUUAUUCAAACUGAAAGCCGAGUGGGCGAGAGAACAUUGGGUCUAGUUGGGAUCUAAAUGAAUAUGGAAUCAAACGGCUGCAAUCUAUUACACUGUGUAACACGAUUUUUGUUCCUGGGCUAUAAAUGUCAUUUCCUAAUUGGUUCUAUCAUAUAAACAUGGAAAAGUUUAUUAAACUGCUUUUUUUUGUGGGACACCAUGCAGCACAUUUUGCUAUAGUUUUUCAAUGAAUAUCUCAUAGAAUCUCCACCAAUCCAACAUAGUUUGUGUUGUGACAGCCACAAAAAUGAAGUUUCUGAAGUAUAACAAUUACUUUCAAAGUACGUACUGCACAAUUAAACAUGAAAUAACACUUUCAAACCAGGAACAGGAAAGAAAUCACAUUUUGUUACAUAGUGUUAUAGUUUGGCAGAUUCCUAGUAGAAGAGGCUGGUUUUGAACUGUAUCUUCUAAUUGCCUCUAGGAGCCUGGUUACACAACUAGAGUUGUUGGGAGUCAUCCAACCCUGUGCCUGAGUCUCAUGUUCAAGUCAGAAGUAAUAUAGUAGGUUUCAAGGUCAGCAGGAUGUCUUGAGAGAUUUAGGCCAUCAAAAGAAAAACCAGAAAUAAUCUUUUGGUGCUGUUUUGCACCAGAUCGUUAUAGCAUCCUGAUUCCUCUUUACUGCCAUGAUCCCAUCCUAUGGAAACCUGAGGUUUGUGGUUUAGUGAGGCACUACAGUUCCUCACCUGGGACUUCUGUGUUCUUCUCCCGAAGUGUAAAUUUCAGAAUUCCAAUGCAACCAUAGCACUAUAAUUGUACAAUGUGGAAGCGCCUUUGGUGUCAAAACACACUUCUGUAAAAAAUAAGGUCUUGAGUGCUUUGCUUUGGUCAGCAUCUGUGGUGGUUGGAUAAUUCUGUGAUUUGUAGUAAAAAAAAAAACCCUGCAGGACUCAAAAGAACUGCUGAUAACAAGGAGUUUUAGGGUUCCCAUAUGGUUGAAGCUGAGUUGACAGCAAUUAGCAACAAAACCACAUGAUGUAUGUGUGAUGUUGGGGGGUAGGGAGUCCUCGGGACAUCCCUUCCAAGCUCAUGGGUUUACAAACACUUGAACAGGGACAUUGUUAGGUCAUGUAAUUGCGUUGUAUGAGCUGAUAAAGCAGCAGAGGCUGCAGCAAAAUUGUUUAGAGCUUGCACCUAGGUAUAGAUGCCUUUUUGUUAUGGGUACAUUAACCAUAUUAGAGGAGAAUGGCCUGUCUGCUCAAGACAAAUGAGAGAAAAACAUCCUUGUCCAAAACAACAUCCAUUAUCACAAAAGCUUUGGGCAGAGGCUUCCUUUUCCUGCCAACAAAACCAUUAGUCAUCUACCUAGCAGAUUCUGGGAAAGUUUGGGGUUUGGGUUCCAAAUUCUCCAGCUAACAUAGCCACUGGUUAUGCAGGCUGUCAGAUUAUGGGAAGUUUAGUCCAAAAAUAUAACUUGAAACUCCAACAAUUAUCAGGACCUGACCUAGUCUUUUCCUCCAAAAUCUCUAUACAUUUGGUUGCAGUAUUUAUAAAGCAAUAAAAACUCAUGCUUUCUAAAGGAUUUUUUUGCCGCUUACCUGAAAAGUAUUCUAUUCCCUCAACAAAACAUUCAGUGGUGACUCCAUCACGAAGUUGCCAAACUAGCACUUAUCAGAUGUGUGUUUCUGUUAAUUGAAGAGCAAGUUGGAACCAAGAUUUUUCUCUUCCGCCUUAGGCAUUUAAUUAGCAUCCUAAAAUUUUGAAGAUUGCAUUAGGAACAAUUACAAUAGUUUGCAUGGCUAGUGUGUUUCCCUUGCAAACUUUGGAGUGUUUCACAAAAAUCUGGCAAACCUCAUUUCUUUCAUUUCACAAUCUCGUGUCUCCAACAUUUUAUUGAAUUCUCCUUCACAAUUUCGUGAUGAUACCAUGAUUAUGAUUAUGAUGAAGAAAGUUAUACUCCACCAAAGCAUAUAUUACCAUAAAUCUGUAUAAAAGACUUUGCCCCUGCAACACGUUAAUAGGGUUACCCCAAAUGAUUUAUAUAAAUGGCUCCAGUCCACAAUCCUGUGUCUUUUUAGAUUUUAUUUCUGUUUGCCUGACAGAGGAAAAAAAUAUCAACACUGGGUUGACCUAAAUAAUAUUUUUUAAACUAUGAAUGUAAGGACAGUGAAACAUUUGGGAAGUGAAGCAUUUGCCAAUAAUUUAGCCAAAGAAAGAAUGUAAUUCUGUAUUAUUUUUUACAACCUUUCUCUGUUCUUCUGGUGCCUCCUAAUUUAAUGUACUGUAGUAGUAAAUAGGCAUUAAGAGUCUCUUAAUCCUCGAAUGUGGAUAGUCUGGAGGGCUUUUACAAAAAAAAAAAUAGUGACUCUAAUUACUGUUUCAUAUCAGAUGUACAAAUAGAGCCACUUUUUUUUCCUUAGGAAGAAAGCCUGGAGUGGUUCUGGCUUUUGAAAGUUGUUCAGUGACGAGCAGCUGAUUUAAUUCCUGACCAGACAUUCUGUCAGUAUUCAUCUCAUUUUUAGGUCUGGAAAGCAGACCGUAUCUUUCGGAGGCAGGAGGAAGGGGUCAGACAAAGCCAGGAUUGUAAUCCAACUAGGUAUGACAGAUACAUUACAUAACAAUGUGGCAUCACCAGGAUCUACAAGGAAACUAGAAUGUGUAGUUCUGGUGGUAUACCCAUGAUUGUCUUUAUUGGAAAUACAUGGUGUAAUUUAUCAGUGGAUUAUUAUUGAUUUGAACUAAGAAAUACCCAAUCACCUCUUUGACCAAAUUUCAUAAGUAAACAUGAGAGUACGCACUCCCUAAACAGUCAUAUUUAACAAUGGUUUGUUUUGCUUCAACGUGUCUAUGUUGUGUUUGAGAACAUAAACCACAACUGUGUUACUUCACAUGGCUUGCCAUUAACUAGAUCGUAAAACCAUGGUUUGAUGUUCCUGCCCAAACUAUGGUUUGUGUGGACCAUGGCUAAAUGUUAUGCUAGACAAAUAAGGCUUAAGGACAUUUCCCUUAGCUCAGAGUUGAUUUCAUUGUAUAUUUGGGUUCCAAACAGAGAUUGGAUAAGUUACUAUUUUGGACCACAGUUUGCAGGAUCCCACAGCAACCAUAACAAUUGGCCUUGUUGACUAUAUCAUUCAGUGUUUUAGUCAAAGAAAGUAUUUUUGGUCUUAUUUGUAUUGCAAGGCCAUGAUCCUUGUUAAGGUUCUAUGUCUUAAGGUUCAUUACUAUAUUUGAAGUGGGAUUGAUCAGGGAAAUAUAUAUUUACUGGAACAAAUAUAUAUCUACAUGUUUUUCCAGUG